ACAGCUCAGGACCGGUCGCCAUCCAAUGCAAUCCAUUCUGUCCUGCAUUCAUUCUGAGAAGUCUGCGUAUUUGUGAGGGCCAGCCAUGGUUUCGAUGGGACAGGGCAGCCCCUCCGGUCAGGCCCCCGACGGCCACGAGACUGGGGUCCAGGCACGGGCGUGUCCCGUCAGGGGGGACGCGCUCUCGACUCAGCAGCUCCCAGGAACCCGGUGUGCAGAACGUGCUUCGAGGUCUGUCAAGAGGGCCCUGCCAGAUCCUGACAGCCCCAGAGAACGGCGGGACUCUGCGGCUUCGGCACAGGGCGACUGGGAAAGACUGACCUUGGCCGCCGAAGACCCAAGAGACGACUGUCCCCUGCAGCGCCUCCAUUCACUGAAGCACCUCAAGUCUCCCUUUCGCAGAAGCCUCUUCCCUGGUGUGCCACCAACGCUGCACUUCUACACCGAAGAUAUUGAGGUGCUUCCACUCCCCCCGGCUAUUCGAAGGCAGCUCCGCUGGAAGGUGACCAGCAUCACCCCUCUGCUGAUCCGCCAGACUGUGGUCCGGUCAGGGUUCCGACUCACCAGGAACGGUCCUUAUUGGAAUGGCACCUGGGGGAAGCACAUGAAGUGCUUUACCUUUGCAGAAGUCAAGGGCUUCCAGAAAGUGAACCACUUCCCGGGCAGCUUCCACCUGGGACGUAAGGACAAGCUAUGGCAGAACGUGUGCAGGAGAGGAGGAGGUGCCCUACGGGGUCCCUCCAUGCCCUUGACCUUCCUGUUGCCCCAGCAGCUGGCAGCGUGCAAGGAGGCCUGGGCGGAGGAGGAGGACCCGCACUGCUGGAUACUCAAACCCCCGGCAUCGGCCCGGGGUGCUGGGGUCCAUGUGGUCCACAAGUGGUCCCAGGUCCCCAAGAAGCAGCCCCUCAUAGUGCAGAGGUACAUCAGGUCGCCCUACCUCAUCAACGGGACGAAGUUUGACCUGCGGUUGUAUGCACUGGUGACGAGCUUCGACCCCCUCCGGGUGUACGUUGCCCGUGACGGUCUGGUGCGCUUUGCCUCCAUCAGGUACUCCCAGGAGUGCGAGGAUUUCGGCGAUCGCUUCAUGCACCUCACCAACUACAGCAUCAACAAGAAGAGCGCCACCUACGCCAGCAACACGAGCAAAGACGACUGCGAAGGUCACAAGUGGUCGAUCAAGGCCCUGCAGAAGUACCUGGAGGACUUCGGGGUGGACUUUGAGCACCUCUGGCAGCAGAUGGUGGACAUCAUUGUCAAAACACUCAUCUGCUGCGAGGGACCCAUCAACAGGCUAACGCAGAAGCACACCACGACGCGCUACAACUGCUACGAGCUGUUUGGCUUCGACAUUUUGCUUGACGAAAGUCUGAAGCCGUGGCUCCUGGAAGUCAACGUGUCUCCGAGCCUGCGGUCUGCCACCCCUGUCGACUUCGGCGUGAAGAGUGAGAUUGUGAAGGAUCUCCUGAACCUUGUGGGCUUCCAGCUGCCUCAGCUGAUGAGGAGUAACUUCGACAUGUCAUUGCUGGCAUUUUACGGACUGAACGACGACAACAUCACAAUGAACCCUGUCCUCCACUCCUACGCACUGUCUGCCGAAGAACGCCUCAAGCAUAAGCAUUAUGAAACUUUGCUUGAGGAUGACGGAAUCCUGGAGCGGCUAACUCCCGACGAUGUGCGGCAAUUGGUGAGCAGCGAAGACGAGCUGUCGCGCAGGGGCUCCUUCGAGAGGGUCCUGCCUAGCGCCUGCGAGAGGGGCCGCUUGCUACUGCAGGGCCCCUUUAGGAGGUACUACAAUGUCCUGCUCUCUGCCUGGGAGUCCAGGUUUGGACAGGAGCGGCGUGCAGGAAUUGCUCGGCUGCAAAGUUUGUGCUCCGAGGGCGUCCACCUGAUAGUUCCUCAAGAUCCCAUCUUUCCCGAGUGUCAUUCGCCUGCGUCGGAAAAACGGCAAAAGAAGAAUGUCACUCGAAACAUGAGCAUCUUGGCACACAAAGAACGACAGCACCGCGGAUGAAAGCGGCUAUGAUCUAGAAUGCCAUAUUGCCUCGCUCUUUCACAAUGCAGACACCAGUCCUGUUUGUCCAUUUUUACUCGUUUUGCAUCAAGUUUACUGUGGCAAUCCUCCACAAGCAACUUGGUGCAGUAUUGCCGUUCCUUGUGACGACAACGGCUGUGUUCUCUAGUUCCGAUUUCUUCCUUAUACCUGUACCAUAUGUGGUUCUUUACUCUGUGUAUAAAUUUUCUAACCUAUGACAGUAAUAAACAAUUGAGGAUCAAUA